AUGUUUGGGACUUUGUGCUUCCUGGUCACGCUUCUGUGGGGACUGCGCGGCUGUUGCUGCUGGGGCUCGUACGUGCCGUGCGAGCCGUGCGACGACAAGGCGAUGUCCAUGUGUCCGCCGAUCCCGAGCGGCUGCCAGCUGGUCAAGGAGCCCGGCUGCGGCUGCUGCCUCACGUGCGCCCUGAGCGAGGGCCAGGCGUGCGGCGUAUACACGGGGACGUGCGCGCAGGGCCUGCGCUGUCUGCCCCGGAGCGGUGAGGAGAAGCCGCUGCACGCCCUCCUCCACGGCCGCGGAGCGUGCAGCAACGAGAAGGGAUACAAACCGGCGCACCCACCCGUAGCAGUUGGGGACCGUGAGUCUCGCGAACAUGAAGACCCCUUGGCCACAGAGAUUACAGAGGAGCUGCAGCCGGCUAAAGUUCCGCUCAUGACCAAAGACAUUGUCAACAGUAAAAAAGUACACGCCAUGCGUAAGGAGAUAAGGAGGAAGCUCGGAAAGCAACGCUCCAUGGGUUCUUCGAUGGACUACUCCCCAAUGUCCAUGGACAAACACGAACCUGAAUUUGGACCCUGCCGCAGAAAAUUGGAUGGCAUCAUUCAGGGAAUGAAAGAUACUUCUCGAGUAAUGGCUCUGUCUUUGUAUCUUCCCAACUGCGACAGAAAAGGAUUCUUCAAACGCAAACAGUGCAAGCCUUCCCGUGGCCGCAAACGGGGUAUCUGUUGGUGUGUGGACAAGUACGGUGUUCAACUUCCCGGGACAGAUUACAGCGGUGGAGACAUUCAAUGUAAAGACCUGGAGAGCACCAAUAACAACAAUGAGUAA